CUCGCCGACUUCGCGCGCGCGCUUUCUUUCACCGAGAUGCGGCGUGCAUAGCAGCGAAGCCCUUGACCAGAGCUUUGGAAAAAGUUGUGGCCCGUCAUGUGGAGGCGACGCUUUCUUCUACGGAAAGCGAUGCUGAAUGGGCAUAUGCCCGACUUCGGUGAACGCGUCUUUGUCGAACGAUGACGCCAGCGUCGUCACAGUGGAUAUCCGCGGCGCGGCCAACGCUCUCGAAGUUGGAAUCGACCGUUUCGUCGUCGCCAGCUCCCGAAGUCCGGGCGCACGCAUCAACGGCAGCUCCUAGUUUAGCCGCGCGGGGAAGGACAUCGGAUGGCGUCGACGUGAAGCGAGACAUCGCCGGCUACCAGCUACGUCCUCGGGCACGUCGUCCACCCCGCCGCCGCGGGUCCCGUCGGCGGGGGUUCGCACCCGACCCCGGAUCACCGAGGAGGAGGAGGAGGAAGAAGAGAAGAGGGGGAGCGAACUUCCCGGUGGCGGCGGCCGCUGCGUCUCGCUGACGGGGGUGGCCGGCCGGACCGGGAAUGAGCCGGACUGGUCACCGCGGCCGGCUGCCCCGAGCGUCCACCGAGUCCUGCAGCGUGCUGCCGUCGUUUUCCCUGCUGCUUCUGCUGCUGGUCGAGGCGGCGAUCCUCCUCCGACCGGGUCACGCCGCGACGGAGACCACGGAACUGCCCUCCGACAACUCGUCCACCGAAGCGGUUCCCACCACCACGCUUGCCUCGCACAGUGACGUCGCCGCACCGAGCAAGGCAGCACUCAGUCAGCCCCUGCCUCCGGAGGAAGGUGGCGGCGGCUACAUCUACUGGGUGCGCGGUCCCGAGCAAUACGUGUCGCUAUCGGGCGACCUGAGCGUCGAGUACGGGCUUCCCGAGGUUCGCGGUGCCGCCGGCAGCGGGCCCGCGGGCGGCCUCACAGCGCACGUGGCCGACGCCCGGGACGGCACGGUGCUCGCCAAGACCGACUUGCCCCGCCGAGGUUCCACGGGACGUGUGGUGUUCGCCUGUGGACUCGUGCACCGCGCGGGAAAUUACACCUUUGCACUUGUCGCUGCCGACGGGGAAACCGUUCUGGCACGAUCGACACGGGACACCCUGGUUCGGUGGCCCGAGGUGGUGACGCACGUGCCCCUCUUGCUGGAGACUUACGGCUCGGACGUGGUGGUGACGUUCGAGCUGCCUGGUCUGCGCUGUGCUCCCCUGCACCAGGACGACUACGGUUUUGUAGUGUCGCUGGUGUACAGGGGCGCGCACCGCGAGCCCCAGUCCUGGUUUCAGGAGUCCCUGGUCGACCAAAAGCCCUUGGCAAGCUGGGCCGAGCUGCGAAGUCACGACGUGACGCUUGAUUGUCAUGCCUUCGACAGGGCCGGCUACUACCAGGUGCGGCUAUCAUGCGCCGACGACCCGAAGCUGCCGCUGGUUUCCGAGAGCGUGCCAGUGCGGGUGGUGUGGAGUUCUCGCUACAUGCUCAACGUCGCUCAAGCAGCCAUAUCUAGCUGCCACGACGGCAUCAACGUUCUCUACCGAUACCCAACAACCUGCAGCAAGGACCGCGACAAGGUUCGUGUAUACGGUCUCCCGGGUCCUGCCCGGCUGCCGGCGCACGCGUCUCCACCGUGGCGUUACCUGUUCGAGCAAAGGCUACCUCGGGGCAAGCACGCUCUCACCCUCGGAUGCCACCUAUUCCACGAUGCAUACGCGCAGUUCUGCUUCGCUUACGUCAGCGUGGCUCAGAACGGCGCAGUCUUCGAGCUGCUCAGACAGUGCCGGCCCUGGUCGCUCGAGUCCGGCUCGGCGUCCUCCUGGGGCAACUGGACCGACUGGGGUCCGUGCUCGGGUUCUUGCGGUCGCGGAUCCCAGAUGCGCUACAGGCUCUGUGGUAGGCCCGAUGGAACCUGCUACGGCAGCGCCUACGACACCAGGCCCUGCACGCUAGAUCCUUGUCCAGAUACGACGCCUUCAGCGGAAAACGUGACCUCCACCACGCCGCUGCCGUCGACCUACUGCAUCUGCGGCUGCACGCUGACUGUGAUCCGGCGCGCCACGGUGCGCUUCUCCAGCACGACGCCGUGCGUAGACCGUUCUGUGUCGUGGGUGUUCAAGCCGUUCUCUCGGCGAAGGUUGGUCUCCGUUAGGUUGACCGUUGACGAGCUGGACGCCGGCGAGAUAUCGGUGCGCGACGGCACGUCUCCUCUGGGCGUCCUCCUGGCCGCCACCCCAUCGGAAGGAGGCACCCACACUCUACUAGACGCCACCUCCCUGUCGGGCCCAGUGCGCAUCGAUUACGUGCCCGUACAGGCUCCGGCUGGAAACGCGUCGCUGCAGCCUCUAGCGAGCUUCAGUAUUGCAUUCUGGGAAACGAACUCGACUUUGGCCACCAUGGCUUCCCGUUACCCUCGCCACUCUGGCCUGGCGCCGUUCCACUCGUCCGUGCACGCGCUGCUGGCUUUCCUGGGCUGCUCCGUGGUGCUGACCGUGUCUCUGCUGGCGGUCGCGUACAAGAGUCGCUGCUGCUUGUCGCGCCGACGCAAGGCGCGCAGCCUGACCUCGGAGUCGUUCUGCUCGGACGGCGGUCUCGACUCGAGGCCCACGGUCCGUCUUCUGGCCGCGGGUUCGCUCACCUCCAUCUCGGAGGUGUCCGCGGAGGAGGACGACGUGCUGGACGAGGGCGAAGCUGUGCUCGCCGCGGAGUCCAUCCCGCUUAAGUCGUCGGGCGAGAGCCCCGAGGACUACAUGGAGCAGGCGUGUCUGUUCAAGUCGGUGGGCUCCGUGUGCACGGCUUCGGUAUCCUCUACACCAGUGCUCAAGAAGCGCGUGCCCGUGGCCACGGUGUCUCCACAGCCGCAGAGCCAGACGUGUACUCCUCGGCUUCCCCUCAAGCCGAGGCCGCUCAAGUACCUCCUCGCGGCGAGUGGCGACGGCGCCGAGGACUCGGUCGAGUCCCUCGACGCCUCGGGGCGCGGCUCCAAUGGCCCCAACAACCACAGGCGGGCUCGCAGUCUCGCGGACCGCGUCGCCAACUUCGGCUCUCGCGCGCGGGACAGUGCGGCUAUGGCACUGGCCGCGUCCCUGUCCGAGCUCAGCACUAGCGGCACCGAGGACGGCUUCGAGUUGGACUAUUAUGACUACGGAUGCCACGACGUGCCCGGGUCGUUCUUCAGCGCACAAGUGGGCAACUGGCCACCGUUCUUGCCGCUGCCGGCCGAAGACGAACUCCUAGAGUUGCAGCUUCAGAACUACACGUUACCCCCGCCGACCGAGACGACCGACUUGAGCAUGGUGGCUCAGGUACACGAGUCCGAAGACGAGCAGUGACUUGAAGUGUUGCGCGCUUCGCGCACCGAUGGUUAAGUGGUGCGCGAAGACGUUUACACACUGAAACUUCACUUCACUUGUAAGCUGUGUCUUUUCGUUUUGCUUCACGAGCGAUACAGCCACCAAAAGUUAUAGAACACCUACGCGGUCAUUGAUUAGAACUGUACAGUAACUGCACCGUGCGACGAAAUAAUUUCUGACUGAAGUACAUGUACGUAGGAGGGAUGCGAUUUAAGUCCGCUUCAUAAUGUUGCCAGCUGACUGAGUUUUAGGAAAUAACGCAAUAAGUUUGCGCGUGAUACUGCAGAAUUGUAACUCACACGUCCUCUUUACGUUGUUGGUGACAUAUCGGAUGUCAUCGGAUGUCUCGGACGUCUCGGACCAUCAUCGUUCGUCGCAAAUAUUGCAGCGCGCGCUUUCGACGACGUGCUUAUUAAUGCAGAGCAAAACCUUGUACUAGACUGGCUGUCAUAAUGUGCAGAUUGCUGUGCGCAUCCAGUGGGCAAUCACAAAAGCUAAAUAGAUCGCUGAGCGCUCUGCUUGCACUUCAGCUUUGAGAGUUGGCAGCAUUGAAUAAGAUUUCACUGCUUUGAGGUCAGUCACCUGUUAUAAGGCUUUGUUGACAAAUACCUUCGCUUGAAAUCGUUUAGCACCCAGUGUACGUCAUUCUCGCUGCACACGGCUCUAUAUCUCUUGGAAGCCCGGCAAACAUGCUGUCGAAUGAUUACAGCGGAAAUAACCUGAAAGUCGCGAGUUUCGUCAUUUCCGUUACAUUCACCGGCUUCGCAUACGCAGAUGCAACGACGGCACAUCAGAUUACGGCCUGCGGUACUUUCGUGGUUACAUCAUCAGACCAGGCAAGUUAUUUUUCAUGAUAACGCCGUCUUUUUUUUUUUUUUUUUCUAAAACCGUGCGCAGUGGUUUAGGGGCCGAAUCCGCAAAGGUUUUCGUACGCAAAUGAUUCUUGAUAUUGUACGGUCACCUUCGCUAAUAACGUGUCUGUUAUUAAGAAAUGGCAGUCAUUUGUUCUCACAAACAGCUUAAGCGUAAGCACCUCUUCUUGCAAACGCUGGCGCUCUUUUAAGCGAAUGCUGACGCAUUGUGCGCCUCUUGUGCAACUCUUUUGAAACUGCGCCGUAAACGAUCGCUGUGUUCAGAUGCGCCCAUGAGCAAGUUUUUACGUUGUUUUUUUGUUACUAUUUAAAAGGUUGCUUCGUCUCUUGGCAUCCGUCUUCAAAUGCACGUGAAUUGCAAAAAGGUUCUGACCUAACAAGCGCUUACGCAUACUGGGAUACCGCUUACGCAACCACUUACGCAAACUGAAUGAAAUUUGCUGCCUUAAAAGCUUCUAUUCUGCUGAAUGCUGUAAGCCCAUUUCCUGUGUGUCCUAUUGAUAUUAUAAAGGCAAAGCAGGGAGGCUAAUAGAAGAAUAUACGUCUUGCUAUCCAACACAGGGAAGGGGGGGGGGGGCGUAGAGAAGUCAGGCGUAAAAUAAUAACUGAAGGCAUAGUUUCGUGUCUCCAAACCACAUGCCAUAGCUUCGUGCCUCCAAAAUUUAAAUAUAUGUCACUGAACGUCAGUUUAUAUUCAUACUAAAAACUGGCUCAUUAAACGAAUCAGUAAUCAGUGAGUAUAAAGUUUGCAUAUCUCACAUAGUCUUUGUAAUUUCUUUGUGCUACCACUAAACUAAGACAUAUUUCGGCAAUGAAAACUCUAACGUACACAUGUAUUACAUUGCGAUAUAUUCUUUUAACACACGGCGGCGGCCCGCUUCCCCAGUUUUGUACAUUGCCAGCAUUUUCUGUAUGACAGUUUAGACCCUUCAUCAAGACAGCUUGCAGUGGCCGAUAGAAAUGAACUUCCUCCCAAUUCUAAUAGACUUCAUUAUAUGUAUAGCUUGACUGUUGCCUAUAAUUUUUGCAUAGAACGUGUAUGUGAACGGAGAACCUCGAGGAGAUCACCACGAGCCAAAGCUUCCUCUGAAGAGCUUUUUUUUAUUUGCAUAAUUCAGUACCUGACAACAUCAAACCGCAGGCACUUUAAUGAUUUCUUCCAUCGCAACGUCACAGUGCCCGACACGCUCGAUUUCUAUUAUUUUUAUGUUCAGCUAGGAGAAAAGCUGAGUAGUUCGUACGAACAGUUGUUGCUCUUAGCAUUGCACCGGUGGCAAAAGUGAAG